AAAUUUAUACGAAAAAAGAAAAGAAUGGCAAUUGCAACAUUGGAAAGUGCAGAAAGAAAAAGCAACAAUCAUAGAACAAGUCUGGGAAGCUGGUGAUUUAGAGAUUAAAAUAGUAGAUACAGCAACAAAAACAUGUCAUCAAUGUUAUGCAGAAGAUCAUUUGGUAUUCAAAUGUCCAGUUGCAGAAGAAAACAAUAACCAAGAAAACAUUUUGAAAACUAUAUUGAAAACACUUCAAAACAUAAAACAAGGUAUAUUAGAUAUUAGGCAAUACAAUAAUGACAUGGAAGAGAGAGUCCAAGCCUUGGAAGAAUAUGUGGGAAAAGAAGCUUUUGAUGAAGUAAUGGAGGAUGGUGAAGAUUUAGAAAAUAUUGUGAAGGAAGUGUCUAAUGCAACUACUGAAAUUAUAAGAACAAAAGAAAAACAAGUAACACAAAUAGAGCAAAUAGCAGAUACUGUUAAAAUGUUAGCAGAUUUAAUACUAGAGCUAAAACAAUCUAAUGUUGAGACACAAAAAAGAUUAGAAAGAAUGGAAAAUAUGUCUAAUUUAUCGAAACAACAGGAAAAUAUAGGAAAAGAUUUUAAUGCAACAGUCAAUCCAAAAAUUAAUAGAUAUAAUACAAAUAUUAGUAAAAAUAACAGAUCAAAUAAACCAGAAAGUUCAAUUUUAAGAUUUUUAAAUAGAGGAGAAAUAAAAAGUAGAAUUGAUUAUAUCUGGAUAUCAGAUAAUUUAACAGAUCAACUAUUUUAUGCAGAUAUUAUAUCAGCACAUUUGACAAGUCAAAGUGAUCAUACACAUGCAAUUAUAGAAAUAGAAACAAACAUUUUUGAAAAACAAAAACCAAUGUUAAAAACAACUGAAUCAAAUGAAAUAAUAUCUAAAAGAAAAUUUCACACUUUUAGAAAAGGAGAAAAAAGUAAAAUAUUACAUAAUCAUUUUGAAACUAAUAGGAAAGUAGUAGCAUUAUGUAAAAUUUUUAAUUGGGGUUGGCAGUGGUAUAUGAACAAAAAACAAAGAACAGUAAUGGAACUUAAAAUCAAUCAAAAAAUUGAUGAAAUAAAAAAAGAAUAUGAAAUAGAGAUAGUAACAUCAAGUUGA